GGAGAAACAUACAAAUACAAAUUCAAUAUCAUAUAUGCAGCUCUUGCCCUCAUUUCUAACGCUCUGCCCGUCGUCGUUUGGGGUUUCGUUCCAAGAUGGAAGCCACCGAUAUCCAAAACCCUAACCCUAGCCCAAGGAUUCUCCUCCCGUCGUCUCCACCCCCUCUGUGGCCCACCAUCGACGGUCCACUGGGCUUGUCGGAGGAAGAAUCGGUCAGCUACGCCCGUCGGUUCUACAAGUUCGGGUUCGCUCUGCUUCCGUUGCUUUGGGCCGUGAACUGCUUCUACUUCUGGCCCGCUCUCCGCCACUCCCGCUCUUUCCCUCGCAUCCACCACUACGUCCUGAGAUCCGCCGUUGGAUUCGCCGUGUUCACUGCUCUGCUCUCGUCCUGGGCCCUCACCUUUGGGAUUGGAGGAGAGCGUCUGUUCGGGCAUGUCUGGGAUGAACUGCUCAUGUAUAACCUUGCUGACAGAAUUGGACUCACUGGUUGGAGCUGAGCCGCUAAUGCUUUUGGAAUUUAGUUGUAAAGAAAGUUCAGUGUUUGCCCAGCUAUACUGUCUCAAUACUACAAGCUCCAAAGCUUUAACACAGUUGAUGAUUUACUGCAGGUCGCAUGGCAAAAGUGAUUCGAGUGCAAAGGACGUCAUUAAAGGUGAGAAAAAACAAUUCAUUCAUCCGAAAAGCAAAUAUUAGGUCCUACAGGAUAUUGAUUUGGCCUGCCAGUCAAUUAUCAGCAGGUUCAAUUCAGACUCAGAUGUAAAAGUAUUCCAUCAAUUACAAGAUUAGCAUAGAGUUUUAGAAAUAAAGCUGAAACAACCAGAAUGUAAAUGUGCUUUCCUUCUACAAUCAAGUGUAUGAAUUCAGUUUGUUGGUUUGAUUGUGAAGUUUUGUUUGCAAAGAAAAUGUGGCAUUGAUCUUUAAAACAUUCCAUCAUGUUAUGUAUAUUAUUGGAUCAUGUGACUUCAAUUGAUA